AUGAAUCUUGACAAGCAGCCCAUUCUAGUUGAACACAACACCGCCGACCCCUCGGCGGCUACUCAAGCCCCGCGCCGCCGCCGUCCUGACCUGUCCACGUUCUUCGCUACCCUCUCCGAGAUCACCCCAGCUCCGGACCACCGCCCGCAUGCAGUCCCUGUACCGGGCGAUGUCAGCGCAGCCUUUUACUCACUUGCUGAGGCAUUCGAAGUCAUGCGUCGGGAUGCAGCCGACAUGCCAGAGCGCAAUGGUGACCAGGACGGCGAGAAUGCAGAGGAUUUGUUGACUAGAAUGAUCCAAACCCUGCUCAAUGACGCAGACAUGCCACCAAGAGAAGUGGAGGGCGUGAGCGAGGACUUCUGUGACAGUAUGGCCUCCAUUGCCCGCUCGAAAGUUUUUUCACUCGAGCGCGUCCCCAAAUCAGCUCUCAACUCUUCCCAGGUCUGCCCUAUCUGCAACAACCCUUUCCUGGAGGAUGAAUACCCGUUAGUCGUCCAGCUACCCUGCCAUCCGACCCAUCUGUUCGACCUUGAAUGCGUGAAGCCCUGGCUCCGUCUGCGUGGCACUUGCCCGAUGGACCGUUUUGAUUUCGCGAAGCAGCAGCGUGAGAAGAAAGAGGCAUUGAAGAAGCUUGUGGAAGAUGAUGAAGAGGAGGAAUGGGAUGGCAUGUACGGUUAA